AGUGUGUGUGUGUGUAGGGGGUGUUUUCCAGCUUUAAAAAGGCAGCAGGCACAUAGCAGGUCUGCGUCAGAGAGAGACUUUGAGACUUUACCAACUCCCAGCUUAGCACAAGCAGCUAGAGAGAGAGAGGAGAGAAUAAGUCACACACACUUCCUAAACUUCUCACUCCUUCACUCCACAUGUUAAGUGCAUGCAGCUCCUCCACACACACACAUGUGCCAAUGCAAAGAGCAGCUAAUGUCACCUGCUUGUAAAAGUGCAUUGCAUAGGGCUACGUCCAGCACAAAGUCACAGGCUAGCUACUAGGAAGGACAUUUAUUUCUGUGUUAUCCAGAGACAUAGGAUUUGAUUUGGUUGCUGUAGUAGUGUGCUGGUACUGAGAGUGUAGUAGUGUGAUAUAGCACAGCACACUGUUACAGGCAGCCUGCCCAGUUAGACAGUCACAGCACACAGCAGUCUCCUGACUCCUCAUCAGGUGGAAAAAGACUCAGUCCCGGGGUAAUCAGAUCCAGCGCAGAAGAGUGGAUGCCACGCACUAGUGUAGCAGCCAGCUCUCCGUCCACUCUGCCCCACGGUCCGCUGCUUCCAGCCUGCAUCAGAGACACUGUGGAUUUCCAGCCUUUCUUCCCGUUCAUCAUGAAGUCAGCAGAGGAAGAGCACUAUAACUAUGCAUCUUCCAAUUUAAGUGCCAGUCUGUCACUGGGUAUGAUGAAUUCUUCAUUAUCAACCCCAUGCCAUGGCCUUCAAUCACCAAACCCCGUCAUUUCCAUUAUUCCAUCUACAAGUCAUCCAUCUGGAUAUGGAGGAAACCUUGAAAGCGAGGCUUCUGGAUAUUACCUGUCUCCCAACAUAAGACCCAACGGAGCUCCUACAUUAGAAAGCCCCAGAAUUGAGAUCACAUCAUGUUUAGGAAUGCACAGCAACAAUAAUCAGUUUUUUCAUGAAGGAGAUAUUGAAGAAGCCAUCCCAAACACUAAGCGUGCUCAUUCCACUGCUACCUUGAACUUGCCAAACGUUGAAACCUACCGUGACCCUUCAUGCUUGAGUCCUGCCAGCAGUUUGUCUUCCAGAAGCUGUAAUUCUGAAGCUUCAUCAUUUGAAUCAAAUUAUUCUUAUCCAUAUACUUCCCCACAGACGUCACCAUGGCAGUCACCGUGUGUCUCUCCCAAAACCACUGAUCCAGAAGAAGGGUACCAGAGGAGCAUGGUGGCUUGUACUUUGUUAGGCUCACCUAGGCAUUCUCCGUCUACAUCUCCGAGGACAAGUAUUUCAGAUGAAAACUGGUUAACUGCUCCAAACUCCCGUCCUACUUCUCCAUGCAACAAAAGAAAAUACAGCCUUAAUGGUAGGCAGACCUCCUACUCACCACACCAUUCACCAACCCCAUCUCCUCAUAAUUCCCCAAGAGUUAGUAUAACAGAUGAGACGUGGCUGGGAAAUACUCACCAAUAUACCAGUUCUGCCAUAGUUGCAGCAAUUAAUGCUCUUACCACUGACCCAAUAGACAUGAAUGAUGGCAUUCCAAUUAAAUCCAGAAAAACUGCAAUAGAUCACUCACCAUCUAUGUCUCUUAAAACUGAACCAGCUUGUGAUGACCAUGGUACAAUGUCACCAGGUACUGAUUUAUCACCUGAAGAGUAUUCUGGAUUCCAUCAUAUCAGGAAAGGAAACUUUUGUGAUCAAUAUUUAUCAGUUCCGCAGCACCCUUAUCAGUGGGCCAAACCAAAGAAUGUGUCUCCCACUUCAUAUAUGAGCCCCUCUAUGCCUGCUCUCGAUUGGCAUUUGCCGUCCCAGUCAGGACCUUACGAACUCCGGAUUGAUGUGCAGCCCAAAUCACAUCACAGAGCUCAUUAUGAGACGGAAGGAAGCCGAGGGGCUGUGAAGGCAUCUACUGGAGGACAUCCCAUAGUGCAGCUACACGGGUACUUAGAAAGCGAGCCGCUUACCAUCCAGCUGUUCAUUGGGACAGCAGACGAUCGCCUGCUGCGGCCCCAUGCCUUCUACCAGGUCCAUCGCAUCACCGGCAAGACGGUUUCCACCACAAGCCAUGAAACAAUCAUCUCCAACACCAAAGUCUUGGAAAUUCCACUCCUGCCUGAGAACAAUAUGAAAGCCAUAAUUGAUUGUGCUGGUAUAUUAAAGCUUCGUAAUUCUGACAUCGAACUGCGAAAAGGAGAGACCGAUAUUGGAAGAAAGAAUACAAGAGUGCGCCUGGUAUUCCGUGUACACAUUCCACAAGCCAACGGCAGAACUCUAACCCUACAAGUGGCUUCAAAUCCCAUUGAAUGUUCCCAGAGGUCAGCCCAAGAAUUACCUUUGGUGGAAAAACAGAGCAUAGACAGCUUCCCAGUGAUUGGCGGUAAAAAAAUGAUUUUGACGGGACAUAACUUCCAUCAAGAUUCUAAAGUGAUUUUUGUAGAAAAAGCACCAGAUGGUCACCACGUAUGGGAAAUGGAAGCAAAAACUGACAAAGACAUGUAUAAGCCUAAUUCACUAGUUGUGGAGAUCCCGCCCUUUCGCAACCAGAGAAUAUCCAGCCCCGUGCAAGUCAAUUUUUAUGUCUGUAACGGCAAGAGGAAAAGAAGCCAGUACCAGAUUUUCACCUAUCUGCCAGCCAAUGUUCCAAUUAUAAAAACAGAGCCUGCUGAUGACUAUGAGUCAGCUCAAACCUGUGGCCCAAUGAACCAAGGAUUAACUCAACUCUCAAAGCCAUACUACAGCCAACAGAUCAUGAUGCCCCCUGAUCCUGGUUCGUGCCUUGUUCCUGGCUUCACAUCCUGUCAGCAAAGAAACACUGUGAUGUCAUCAUCUCCAAACUCAAGCCCCAAGCUUCAUGACCUUUCAACUUCUGCAUACAACAAAUGCUCUGGUCACACUCAGCUGGGAAUUCAGCAGCCCCUUGGAGGUGUUCCCACCAUACAGGAAGUGCCACGGUCUAUAGUUGUGCACCCAAGUUCACCUGACCAAUCCUCCCACAUCAUGCUGCAGCCGCAGGUGAGUCUCCAUCAGAGCAGUAGCUGUCCCAUUGGUUAUCAACAAACAGUCUAUCCCAACAGUCCCUCUUCUCCAGUUCCAUCUAUUACCCAAGAGCCAUCCUAUUUGCAGCCGUGCAGUCCAACCCACUCAUCAGUAAUGGGCCAACCGCAGCACCAACAGCAGAAGGUUCAGAGAAAUGAGUCUCCAACCAAUCAACCACUGUCACUGCCAGAGUUGCAUGAGGACAGUAAUCAUAAUUUGGCCCCUAUUCCUGUAACGAUCAAGCGUGAACCCGAGGAAUUGGAUCAGUUGUACUUGGAUGAUGUAAAUGAAAUAAUCAGAAAUGACCUCUCAUGCACCAACGUUCAUUCAUAGCUCUGACAAUCAUGGACCUUACACAGAAUGUUAAUUAUCGGUAAACACAGCAGAAUGAAGAUCGACUAAUGAAUGGCUUAAACGAGAACUACGUAUGGCCUUCUGUCCUCAUAAACUGAACUCCUCUAAUAGAGCAGAAGUGCUUGAUCUUCAGAAGCUGAAUUAUCAUCUCAAGAAAACCAAGAAGAAAUGUACAGUGUAUUUUAUGGAAUAUAACUGAAAUACUUGACAAAAGCAGAUGAUCUGGAACCAGGACUGAUCCUUUUGGCACCGCUGAGUGCCGGAAGUGCCUUAAAUGUUCAUAUUUGUGGCAUUAGGAUGUUUUAAAAGAUGUUUUCUGUUUGCUACCAAAAAAGUAUUUUAGGUGCAAAAUAUAUAUAUAUAUAUUAAAAAGGAAAAAAAAACGACGAAGCAACGCCACCCACAGCUUGCGAUGAAAAUUGGAUGCAAUGUUGUUUUAUGAAAAAAUAAAGGGAAAAAAAUAGAUAUCCUUGUAAAUCUUGCUAAGCUCUUUGAAUGCUGCAAAUCAAAGUGUACUGCCUUAAUCGCCAUGCCUCAAAAAAGCACCAGUUUUUGCAUUUGUACCUAACAUAUUAAGGAAUCCCAGUCUUUUUUUUUUUUACAAAAACAAUGUUAGGAAACAAAGUGGGAGAAAAGCACAAAUUGACUGUGAAACUUGUGGCGAAUAUUUUGUUUACAGAAUCAGUAGUAUGUUACUCAUAUGUAUACACGGGCUUAUUACAGCAUGAUUUCAAACCAAGAUUACCUAGGAGCAAUAUCAAGCUAAUCAACAUGGGAUCCCACACGUUACAUAUAACAUAUUGUACAAGAUACCCAGUUCCAGUACACUAUUAAUGCACAAUAAGAUUUAUAUGCAAAUGUACAGUGUACAGCCUUCAUUUCUAUUAAUUUUAUGGAAAUUAAGUUUAUAUAUAAAAAAAAAAGCUGUCUAAUAAUAGUCAACAAUCAAGUACGGAAACAUACAUUUCAACAGGAGGUUCAUUUUUUUUUCAUCUGAAUUACCAUUGAACUUUCUAAAAACCCCUCAUUCUGAAAUCGGAGGUGUCACGUCACAUGGCAUUAAUCAGUAGAGCAUAUGAACGGCCUGCAUUUUUAGCACGCUAUAUAGAAGGUUUUAGGGUAUUUGCAAUAGAGAUUUUUCUAUUGAAGAAAAGAAUAGGAAGCAGAAGGAUGUUAGGAGUGAUGCCCAACAGGUGGGCUUUAAUCUCAAAAACUAAUAUAGCAUGCUAAAAAAAAAUGGUAACAUACAGGCAUUUUUUCUUUCUCUGUUAAUACAUGUUGAGUUUAUUUUUAGCGAUGUCAUUUUUAUCUCCAUCCAUCGAGACGAUUGUUCUGCACACAAAGGAUUACCGUAGUACAAAAAAAAAAAAGCAAGCACUUUAGACAGACAGGAGAAGUUGCAUAAUCAAGCACCAAAAUGAGUAAAACAUAAACAAAAUGUACAUAAAUGACUAUAAGAUUGUAAAUAUUUGUUUGGUUCGGAGAUUGCUAUUCCACAAAAAGCCUUAUAACUCUGAUUCUCUUUGGGAAACGUUACCAAAAACAAUGGCUGACAAAGCAGUGCUAUGUAAUAUUUGCCCGUCUUAGUUGACGUAAUUUGGAGUGGAAUUCAGAUGCAUAGAUAGAAUGACUCUGCUCACUGACUAUUGUAAGUAGCAGCUUAUAUAUCACUAGUGAUGACUUUUUAACUUCAUGUAACCAAACUAGCAUGGUUUAAUUGGAAAUUAAAUAUAACUAUUGUUGUGCCUUAGUACUUAAUGCCCUCUUCUGGAAAACUGCCUGAAUUACAGACUAAUUGUCUCGGAUAAGUAGAAAUCUGUGUAUAAUGUCUUACAUUUUUUUUUUUGAAAAAGCCAUAUUUAAUAUUUGCACAGUACUGUGAUAAAAAAUGAGUAGAUAGUAUGGCUUUCUGUAAAAACCAGUGCUAUUAGCUAUUGUAAUAACUAUCUUUUUAUUUUUCAUGUGUAAUCAAAGAUGUUUACUCAGUAUAUAUAUAUAGCACUAUAGGAUUUGCAUGAUGUAUGUAUAGUAAAUUGCAGAGUAGUACAUUCUGUGCUCAGAGACAACUUUUGCUGGCUACUCUAAUCUACAAUAUCCAAUAAAGCAAUAUUAUGGAGCCAGUA